AUGCAUACGGAGUCGUCAGUAGAUAUCAAUGUUUUGGAUAGCCGUUUAGUUCAGGACUCGCCCUCUUCCACUCUUGUAGACAGCCAGUUGAACGCUGCGUCGAGUGCCCAUGCGGAGCCUGUCCUCGUGAACGCCGAUCCUGCGCUCCCAGCAAUAACCUUAGGCGACGAUCUGCCAGAUGAAGCCGCUGAGGCUAAUGCAGCAGUCAAAUCGCCUCACCUGGGGUGGGGCAAAGACCUACGGCAGGUUAAUGUACCUGGGAUCAGCAUUGCUGCCGUGCUCUUCAUUUUUUGUUUAGCAGUAGCCGCAGUCCGAUCUCUCAGAAGUCCGGGAGGUUCGAAGCAACAAGGAGAGCAUUACUAUCAGAACGAGCUACAUGCGCAGCUCCAACAGGAGCAAGAACGUGAAAGCGACGAUAGAGGGUCGAGGGAGGAAUUUGCUCAACAGAUGAGUCAGUUAUUGCAGCUGCAGUCAGUGGGUGCUCUGCUAGCCGAUAGUGUAGGCACUCACGAGUCUCGUCUCGCUUUGCAGGAGCUCUGGAAGCGUGUAGAGAGGGCCAAACAGGUGCACGAGCUCAUGAUGAGUUCUUCGAACCCUUGGGCGUCGCCCGAAAGUGUUAUGAGGAGGGCAUUAGAUAAGAGCAUGUCUGCAUUGACCCAUUUGUAUGAAGUGGCCCGACAACAUGGACUCCAUCUGAUACAAGCGACGCGGAAAAUUCAUCCCGUGCAUGAAUUUUCAGAUCGGGAGCUGAAGGUCAUGGAAGGCUAUUUGGGUCCAGCCCUUCUAGAGGCGCUGGUAAACCACCUAGCAAAUCUUAAUUUCUCCUGCCAGGCGUUCAUGCGAAAGCUGGAGGAAACGAAGGCUUCUCUUGAGGGCCUGCCAAAGUUGGAAAAACUGGCAGACGGGAUGCUUCUGGAGGCCGUUUCUGGACAUCUGCAUUUCAUCAGGGUAGCGCAUGAGGCAGCAGCAAUAGGGCGGGAGUCUGCUGAAGAGAUAGCAUCUAACGUCGCAUCGGUUGUUCUGUCUCACGCCGUGCGGGAGCAGAUGCGCAUGUAUAGAGACUGUCGUGACGUCCUGGAGGAACGGCGAGCCCUGUGCUCGGUAGGGAGAGAGAGGCACCUGCGUCAUCCUGAGGAGGGAACCGCAGUCCUGCAGGGACUGGACACGGUUGAUACACUGCUGAACAGAGCGAAGCAGCUUCUAGAGCAGUACCGGGAGGGAAUUGACCGGCUGCAGAACGAAAGGGAAAUCUUGUGGGUUGGAGCAAUGAGACAGCAGGCGGCAGAUCUGGGAGGGGAGCUGAAAUCGGUGCUGGAUGCGGCGGGCUUUCGCUUGAAUUCUUUAAUCGGUUUCGCGACAGAAGAGGAGGAUGCCAAAGAUGCAUACAUGGCUAUAGCUGUAAGGGCUAGCCAAGAGGCAGAGGAGGCCAGCAGGAAAGUGUCAGAUAUCCAAACGGAGGUACACGCGCGGUUGCCCUUGAAUCGUCUACCUUUGGGAAUAAGCCAGGUAGCACGGCAGAAAGAGUCGCCGAGAAGGACGCAUGUUAACCAAGCCAUGCUUAAGUUCCUGACAGACUCGCUGCACCAAGCCGAAAGGAAUGCAACGGCGGCUUCUUGGCAGGCUGGCAAUGCAGCUGCCGCGAUUUUGAAAGGCGAGGGAGGAGGAAUGCCUGGACGGACUUUGAUGGCGGCAGCAAGAAACGCAGCCGCUGUCGCAGAUGGUCUCGCUGGGACGGCAGAGCUCCUGUGGCUACACGCAUUGCUGUUAGAGUCUCUGGAAAGCGACUUGCAUGUAAGUGCCACCCUGGCGCAUAUGGGAGGAAGAGUAGCGGCAACUGAAGCAGCACCGACAGAUGCAGCAACAGAGGAGCCGCAGACGUCGGAAGUGCCAUCGCAACACAAAUUGCAGGUUGAAGCACUUCAGAGAAAAGUGCGCACGACGAAGAGUUUGGCGCGGACUCACUGGAGUGCGCGAGACUUGGCUUUGACAGCAGGUGCCAUGAAGAAUGCAGCUGUUAGAAUCGCCACACUUGUUCAGCAGCAGCAGCUGAAACAAUCCGAAGGCCUUAUGCGGUAA